AUGUCUGCGAUAGGAAGUCUUGUCUUCUGCAACGAUUGCGGUAACUUGUUGCCGGUGUCGCAAGGUGGAAAAAAGGCAGUCCUCAUUUGCGCCUGCUGCAACGCCGAAAAUAAAGACACUGGCUCCAAAUCGAUCUCGACUUCCACCAAACCCACCGACUUUCCCUCCCAGCUGAGGCAGAAGCUGCAAUCCAAGGUGCAGACCAUCGAGAAGCACAAGGUUAACACCCACGCUCUCAUCGACGAGACCUGUCCCAAAUGCGGACGCGAGGAGGUCUAUUACACCCAACUGCAGCUCCGUGGUGCCGAUGAAGGUAGCACGACCUUCUACACGUGCAAGUGCGGCAACAGGUGGUCACAAAACAACUAA